GUUAUUAAAAUUAAAAUAUUUUAAAAUUUUGAAACUAUUUAUAAAUUUUAUUACAUAAAAUAUUUUUCAUUUUUUAGAACUUGAAUGGCUAUUUUUUCAAAUUAAUAUAAUAUAUUGUAUUAAUAAAAUAUUUUAAAUUUAUAAUUUUUAGUUGUUGUUUAGUAUUUAUAAUUAAAUUAUUCAAUAAUUUAUUUAUAGAUAUUAAUAAGUAAUUGGUUACAACUAAUACUAAAAUUAUCUAUAUUUAUUUACAUAUAUGAAACACAUAAAUUAUUUUACAUUAAUGUUAAAUGAUAAAAAAAUUGUAUGGGAAUUUUAUCUUUAUGAAAACAUUUUUUACUUAAUUAUUAAUUAAUUAAAAUAUAGUAUUUUAUAAAAAUAAAAAUAAAUCGUUUUUAUAUUGAAAACCCACAAAAGUUGGUUUUUGGCUUUUCUUCACAAAUUGGUUGAAAUUUUGAAAAACUAGUUUCCCUAAAAUUUAGGGAAUCUAUUUGUUAAAAAACUUGAUUGGCAAGUGAAAUGGUUUUUACAAAAACAAAAACUAAAAGCUAAAAACUUGAUUGGAUAAAAAAUAGUUUUUACAAAACCAAAAACCAAAAACUAAAACAAAAACUGCAAACAAUCAACCUCAAGGUCAGGUUACAAUGACUUGAUCAAGCACAUGUUAAAGGCAGAGAAGUUACCAACUUUAGAAGAAGUAUGUGCAUAAAUCCAGAAAGAGCAAGGUUCAGUGGGUCUCUUUGGAGGCAAGAAGAACUGAUGUUGGCAAAUCAAGCUGAGGGUGUUGCAAAAAUGACGCCUACAAACAUGAAGACAAUAAAUAUGAGUUUGUGAUCAUCGCAAGAAGAAGAGGUAUGACAAAGACAAGUGUUGGAUACUACACACUUACCUCAAACCUCAAAAGUUAAGAACACCAAAAAAUGAUGCAAGGGCACACUUUUCUGGUGAAAGGAGUGAACCAUCGAGAAGUUACUCCAGAUUGAGGACCACUCAAAAUGAAACCAUCAAGAGGUCUGACCUUGAUGCUCUCAACAAAGUUCUCAAGGAAAACUCUAGUAACAAUUUUUGUAUCUUUUUAAAUGCUUCAACUUGUGAUACUGCUGUGAAUGUUGUAACUAGUUCUAGAUUGACAAAACCUUUAGUUAUAUACUCUGAAGGUAGUCACCAUAUGGUCAGUGAUCUAAAUUUGAUUAGUAACAUAGUCCCUGCUUUAGAAAAUGUCAUGAUAGCUAAUGGAAAAAGUGUACCAAUUAAAGGAAUAAGUGAUCUUAGAUUGUUUGAUAAAGACUCUAAAGCUUUUUAUAUGCCUACUUUCACCUCAAACCUGUUAUAUGUUAAAAGAGUAACUACUGAUUUAAAUUGCUAUUAUGAUGUCUACUUUAAGGAUAUUGAUUCUAGUAGGUUGCUUGGAAAAAGUAUAAACCAAAAUAGACUUGAACUUACUUAAAGACACCAAGCUUGCAUCUGAUUUAUCUAUUGUUUUAAAUUCUAUUUUUGAUUUCUGUAAAGAAGUAUGCUAGACUAGGUCAUCCUCAUUCUCAUGUCUUAAACAUGAUGUUGCCUAUUAUUUCUUUUAAGAAUGAACGUGAAGUUUAUAUCUUAUGAAAACAUUGCAAGUCGAUAUUUCCUAAAUCUAUUACUAUCUAUGAAAAUUGUUUUGAUUUGUGGAUUUCUCCAUGUACAUCUAAAAAACAACAUAAAUACUUUGUGACAUUCAUAGAAUACACUUGGAUCACACUGCGGUAAGCACUUAUAAACUUUUAUCUGCAUCAUAUUAGUCAAGGAUAAAUAACUCUGUAUAGUCAAGUAAAAGAUGUUAAUAUAUUCAAUGGAUAUUUUAUUCAACUUUCAUCCCUUCUAGUGACUGCGGCACCGAGAUAAGGAAUAAAUAAUUGACUCAGUAUGCAUGCCUUAUGCACAUUCGAAAUGCAUUUAUAAACUAGCAAACAAAUGAAAUCUGUAUGUCAAAAUGCUAACAUAUCUUGAGAACACCUACGUUGCUUUAUCUAGCUGAAUUUGUCAGAUAUUAAAAUAUAAAAUAAUCAAAAAUAAGAAAGAAACAAAAUAAAAUAAAGUAGAAGACAGAAAAACCAGUCUUUCAAAGGAAAAAGCGUUCGUUGUUUAGACUUUCCUUGUAUUACAAGUUUUAUAUUAUUUUUGAUUUAAAUUGAUUAAAUAGCUGAUCUGUACACAAAAUAUUUUUAUAUUCCUAAGAAGCUCUCACAAUUUCUUAACUGAUAAUGAUGCUCUUAAUAAUGCAACACAUUUACAUAAAAGUCAAACUUAAGCCAAGAUAAAACCGGAGUGGACACCCUCUACUUGAAACCUCUGAUGCUCUAAACAGAUUUAACAUCGGACAAAUUUAAGUCAACGACGACUUGAAACCAUACCUGUCUGUGCAUUUCACCACUGCCCAUGUUCGUUGCUAAAAAAUAUUACUUUCAAUUGGUAGGUUCUUUAAUAAUCGAAAUUCAAGACACGUUAAGCAUUUUCUGACCAAGAAAAUUAAAUAACAUACAUUCGUUUCCCCUCUACAGAACGGAUCAUAUAUCUCCUUCGUCAAGUAAAACUUCUUUUGUGGAAAGAGGAAACUAUGACAUGUCCGCACGAUUUUAGGGGAUUGUCUUGAAAUAUCGACAGUUAAGAACUUUUCUGACUUUCUUUUUUUUUCUUGGAAAGCAAGAGCAUAUGGAGAAUUCCCAUGAGAUUUUGUUGGUCGCACUUAUUGCGACGUUCGCUGUUAUUCACCUUUCUCGAGCUGAAGAUCAAGAAGGGUUCAUCAGUUUGGAUUGUGGUUUACCCCCGAGUGAAGCGUCACCAUAUAUCGAGCCAGAUACUGGACUAUGGUACUCAUCAGACUCGGGCUUCAUCCAAAGUGGAAAGAUUGGGAAGAUUGAUGCAAGCCUACCCAAGACACUAAAGUCGUACGUGACUCUUAGAUACUUUCCAGAUGGAAUACGCAACUGUUACAAUCUUAGUGUGAAGCAAGGGACCAACUAUCUGAUGAGAGUUACAGCUCUAUAUGGAAAUUAUGACGCUCUUAAUAUUACUCCUAAGUAUGACUUAUACGUUGGUCCUAACUAUUGGGUAACGAUAGACCUAGAGAAUAGGAUAAGCGGUCAAUCCGAGGAGAUCAUUUACAUUCCAAGAUCAAAUUCCUUGGACUUGUGUCUUGUUAAGACAGGCACGACUACGCCAAUGAUUACAUCUGUAGAACUAAGGCCGCUAGCGAAUGAUCUUUACAUCACUGAAUCUGGUUCCCUGAAGAGUUUGAAGCGAUACUUUCUUACCAGUUCCGAUACCAUUCUAUCGUACCCAAAUGACGUCAACGACAGAAUAUGGGAACCAAAGUUUGAUCCAGAAUGGACGCAGAUUUCCACCACCCUCGAAGCAAACAACUCCAAUGGUUUUCUUGUGCCACGGAAUGUUCUCAAAACCGCAGCUAUACCUGCUAAUGCUACUGCACGGUUCAAUAUCACGGAGGAGCUCGAUUUCCCUGACGACCAAAUUUACUUGUACCUCCACUUCUCUGAGGUCCAAUCAUUACCGAUCAGUGAAUCUAGAGAGUUUGAUAUUUUUUGGAACGGCCAACGACAGUUUGACAAAACGAUAAGCCCUGAAUAUUUGAAGACCACCACAAUUUACUCCACUACACCAGUUACUUGCAAAGGAGGAGUAUGCAACUUAGAGCUGAUAAGAACUACAAACUCUACUCUCCCACCUCUUCUCAAUGCCAUCGAACUUUACGCAGUCGUCGAAUUCCCACAACUGGAAACAAAUGAAAAUGAUGGUACGCUUACUACCCAUGCAAGGUUCCAUAUAUACAUUGUUGCUAUCCGAAAAAUCAAAGCCAUAUAUGGGUUGAACAGAAUCGCAUGGCAAGGAGAUCCAUGCGUCCCGCAGAAGUUUUUAUGGGAUAAUCUAAAUUGCAACAGCACAGAUAUAUCUACACCACCAAGCAUCACUUAUUUGAACUUAUCUUCCAGCGGGUUGGAAGGAACCAUAGCAGCUGAAAUUCAAAAUCUUACCCAUCUUGAAAAAUUGGAUUUGUCAAAUAAUAAUCUGACAGGAGAUGUUCCAGAAUUUCUGGCUAAUAUGAAGUAUUUAAUGCUCAUAAAUUUGAGCAAGAACAAUCUUAUUGGUUUUAUCCCACAAGCCCUUCUUGAUAGAGAAAAAGAAGGGCUACAGCUAUUGUAAGAAGAAACUCCACCCACCCACAUUUCUUUUGAAUACUUCACCACAUGCAUUCAGAAUCCUAACGGCUUCAUUUUUUUGGAUAGUGUUGAUGGAGAGCAUCGUUGUUUAUCUGGUUUAUGUGUCACAGUCACAGAGAAGAAAAUUCCAGUAAAAACUGUUGCAUUUGUUUCUUCGGCUACCGUCAUGGCCAUUAUAGUUGUUCUAGUUCUUAUUUUUUUGUUUAAGAAGAAAAAAUCAUCAAAUUCAGAAGGUAUUCGCUAAAACUCAUAUCAUAUUAUAUAUUUAAUAUUAUUGUACUAAACAUUGGUCUCUACAGUGCUACAACCACUACCAAUUAAGCUGGGUGCGAAUGUUACAUCCACUAAUAUAUCUGAAAUAUCGAUCGAGGUGAAAAAGAAAAAAUUUACUUAUUCAGAGGUGAUGGAAAUAACAAAAAACUUGGCAAGACCACUUGGUGAAGGAGGGUUUGGCGUUGUUUAUCAUGGUGAUAUAAAUGGUUCACAACAAGUAGCUGUCAAACUACUUUCCGAGUCAUCAACACAAGGCUAUAAAGAGUUCAAGGCAGAGGUAAGAAAUUGUCGUAAUUCUAUAUAUGUUAACCAAUGCGUUAUAUGUAUUUUUUUUCAUUGUUCUAUAGGUCGAACUUUUGAUGAGGGUUCACCACGUAAACUUGGUAAGCCUUGUCGGAUACUGCGACGAACGAGGUCAUUUGGCUCUCGUAUAUGAAUACAUGUCCAACGGAGACUUAAAACAUCAUUUAUCAGGUGAAAAAUAUAAUAUAUAAAUGACAUAAGCAUUUUUAGCUAAAUUAUACGGAAAAUAACAUGUUAGCUGAUUUGACAAUCUGUUAUAGGUAAACACGAUAGCUCUGUUCUGAAGUGGAGUACUCGACUACAAAUAGCCAUGGACGCCGCACUAGGUUGGAACUAUCUCGUAAUAAUGUCAUUCACUUGUCAUUUUAAUUACAUGUUUCAUGUUAUCAAUUGACAUAAAUGAUUCAAAUAUAAAUAGUAAAUAGUUCUUAUUUUUUACUUAAAAGUAAUGAUCAAUUUGUUCUCUUUUACAUGAAACACUAUAUUCCAAUUUGAUAUAAUGACCAUGUUGACAGCUUUAAAACUCUAGAAUAUAUGAAUAAAUUUGCUAAAAAUUAUUUAUAUUAUGUAAUUUCGAUUUCUAGAAUCAAAAAUAAGUAAAAGGGGGAGUUUCAAAUGUUUACAGGACUAGAAUACUUACAUAUUGGAUGUCGGCCACCAAUGGUGCAUAGAGAUGUCAAAAGUACAAAUAUAUUGUUGGAUGAGAGAUUCUCUGCCAAACUUGCGGAUUUUGGACUUUCAAGGUCGGUCCAACUUGGAGGUGAAUAUCAUGUUCCGACAGUCGUUGCUGGAACUCCUGGAUAUCUUGAUCCUGAGUAAGUAUUAUUACUCAUUUACUCCACCUGCAGAAUGACUUUGUAUAUAUGUACAACCAUGAUGUGAUAAAACAAAGUCUAAGAUAAUAAUGCACACAAAUGUAAAAUUUGUGACAAUGUUCAUCUUCAUCGUUUAAAUGAAUACACAUGUAUCUUACUCUGUGUUUUUUGCCUUGCUAGAUGUUACAGAACAGGUCGAUUGACAGAAUUGAGCGAUGUUUAUAGUUUUGGGAUUGUAUUAUUGGAGAUCAUCACAAACCAAGACGUGUUGGACCAAACUCGCGAAAAGUCACACAUAGCUGAAUGGACAUCGUUUAUGCUUA